AUGGCUACUUGGUUCCAGAAGGAGAUCGUGCUUACGGCGCCCAGCCGCGGCUUCCAUUUGGUGACGCGCGAGGUCGAGAAGCAGAUUCCGGAGCUGUCGCGUGUGAAGGUUGGUAUGGCCAAUCUCUUCAUCAAGCACACGUCAGCGUCGCUCAGUAUCAACGAGAACUGUGACCCAGACGUGCGUACCGACAUGGAGGGUGCGUUCAACCGUAUCGUGCCCGAGUCCUGGAACAAGGAAUUCUUCCGUCACACAGACGAAGGCGACGAUGACAUGCCGGGACACAUUAAAUCGACGCUGAUCGGAGCAUCUGUGAACAUCCCGAUCACGAACGGCAAAUUCAAUCUUGGAACGUGGCAAGGUAUCUAUUUGUGCGAACACCGCAAUGUUGGUGGUUGGGGCUCUGGCCAUCAGCGUAAAGUGGUCGUCACCAUCCAAGGCUCUACGGCUUAAAUCGCUGCUACUUUGAGAAAAUUCAAGCUCGUACCUUGCAGCUCGAUCACACCGGCUGGAACAGCUUUCGACUGAUGUGUGUAUUCAACGAACACGGCUUCUUUAAGUGAUUUAUUUUUAUGUUGCUCUACCUUUGCAA